AUGACUGAAUCCGCACAAGGACGCCUUCUCACUGAUAGCCAGAGCUUGCAAAAGCUCGGGCUAGACAGCUCUCAACCUGCGACCUGGGAAGACGGCCUACGCAGUCCCGGUGUCGAAAGUGGAGAGUGGGAGUGGUGGUAUGCCGACGCACAUCUCCAAGAUGGAUGGUUUCUACAAGUGGCCUUCUUCUAUAUAACAGAAGGAGACGGUCCCAAGACGGGACUCAUUGACCUCAACAUUGCCAAGGAUGGCAAGAAACUAUGCGAUUUGCAUAAGCGCAUUGGCACUCUCCCUUCCGAGAUUGUAGUGGCAAAGGGCCGUUGUGAUCUCCAGUACCGCAAGAGUUACUUCCGCAGUGUCAAUGGCCUCAACGAGUAUCGCAUCUUCGUCGACCCAGAUGAGAUGGAAGGAUUUGGUUUCGACGUGGUGAUCAAGAAAACUACUCCAUCAUAUCGGCCGGGCUCAGGUCGAUGGGACGUGGAGGGUCGUCACUUCUCAUGGUUCGUAGCUGUCCCUGGUGGCCAGCUCACUGGAGAAGUCACGGUCAACGGCACCAAGACCAAGGUCGAAGGCAAUACCUACCAUGACCACAACUGGGGCAACGUCCCGAUGGAAACGAUCCUGGAUAACUGGCUCUGGGGACGUGCCGAUGUUGGCGGGCUCUCUAUAGUGUCCGCCUCAGUGCGGUUCCGCCAAGAUUGUGGUGGCCGAGAGGUGCCUCUACUCUUCGUUGUCCGCGGGAACGAAGUCCUGCUGGAUGUGAGCGACGACCAACUUGUGUGCUUGGAGGGGGUCAAAGUUGCGCAGCCAGACACGGGCAAGCCAACCAGUUCUGACUGUAUUUACCUGGUCAAGUCAGCAGGCAACAACCUUGCACAAGUUCGCUUUGACGGACAGCAGAAGGUGAUCGCAUCUUUCCCUUACCCGACUACGAGUCAGGAGUGGGAGACACGCUAUACAAGAUAUGCCGGGAUGGUAACUAUAAAUAUCGCAGACGGAGACAAGCAGGUAUACGUCUUUGAUCAUGGCAGCUUGGAGGUUAUGGACUUCUUUGGCCGGAGGAAGACAUAA